UAAGUAAGACAAGAACUACAAACAUAUAUAUAACUCAUGGCAUAGGCGAAAAUUUUGUAAGAGCACAGCAAUUUACUACUAAAAUAAUGUAUACAUGGUUUUUUCCAUUCCACGUAGAAGUGUAGUAAUUAAGCUUGUUUUUCCAACUAUAAAUACCUGCAAUUAAUCAAAUUUGAACUCACAGAUUGUCUACACCAACACAAAAUGGGUGCUCUAAAUUUAGAAGAUCUACCACUUAAAUUUCAUUUCAUUCCUUAUCCAGCCCCCGGCCACAUGAUCCCUCUUUGUGACAUAGCUACACUUUUUGCCUCAUGUGGUCACCAUGUCACUAUCAUUACUACUCCCUCUAAUGCCCAAAUCCUUCUCAAAUCCAUCCCUUCCCACCACAACCUUCAUCUUCAUACUAUUCCAUUUCCUUCCCACCAAGUAGGCCUCCCGCCCGGCGUUGAAAACAUCGGCUGCGCCAACAACCUUGAGAACUCCUACAAGGUCCAUCAAGCCACCAAGUUGCUCCAAUCACCCAUCCAUCAAUUUGUGGAGCAAAAUUCACCUGACUGCAUCGUGGCAGACUCUUUGUUUUUGUGGAUGGAUGAGUUGGCAAACAAACUUCACAUUCCCAGACUCGCCUUCAACGGUUUCUCCCUCUUUGCCAUAUGUGCCAUGAAAUCCCUCAAGGCACAUGAUUCUAUGUCUUGUAUCAUUCAGGGUCUUCCUCACCUCAUCACCUUGAAUGCAUUACCCCCCAUAGCAUUGACCAAAUUUAUGGAGCCACUGCUCGAAAUAGAGCUCAAAAGCUAUGGACUCAUCGUGAACAACUUCUCUGAACUUGACGGAGAAGAGUACAUAGAGCAUUAUGAGAAAACCACAGGUCAUCGGGCUUGGCAUAUUGGACCGGUGUCUCUGAUUUGUAGGACCACUGAAGAGAAAGCAGAAAGGGGACAAACUAGUGCAGUGAGUGUUCAUGAGUGCAUGAGUUGGCUAAAUUCAAAGCAACCCAACUCAGUGAUCUACAUUUGUUUUGGAAGCCUUUGCCAUUUCUCUGAUAACCAGUUGUAUGAGAUUGCAAGCGCGAUAAAAGCAUCAGAGCACCAAUACAUAUGGGUUGUCCCCGAGAAGAAAGGGAAUGAGGAUGAGAACGAAAAGUGGUUGCCAAAGGCAUUUGAACAGAGAAAUAAAGGAAUUAUUAUAAGAGGGUGGGCACCACAGGUGGUGAUUUUAGGCCACCCUGCUAUCGGUGCAUUCUUGACGCAUUGCGGGUGGAAUUCCACUGUUGAGGCUGUUAGUGCAGGAGUUCCGAUGAUCACAUGGCCUAUCCACGAUGAACAAUUCUACAACGAGAAAUUAAUCACUCAAGUGCGAGGUAUUGGCGUCGAGGUAGGUGUGGAAGAGUGGAGCAUUAUUGGCUUCAUGGAGAGGAAGAAGUUAGUGGGUAGAGACAUCAUAGAGAAAGCUGUGAGGAGAUUGAUGGACGGUGGAAUUGAAGCUGACGAAAUUAGACAAUGUGCACAAGAAUAUGCAGUCAAGGCCAAACGAGCUGUUCAACAAGGUGGUUCGUCCCACAAAAAUUUAAUGGCCUUGAUUGAUGAUCUUAAACGAUUGAGGAGAUAUAAGCCAUUGGAUUCAUAGGGAUGUCAACAUCAUUUUCUUAUCAUUGCUGCUAGGCACCAUGAAAUAAUUGCCAGCUUGUGGCUGGCUGAAACAAAUACAAAACAUUUUUGUAUUGCACUAACUGUGGAAAUGCCUAUUUGGAAUUUUACAUUUAUAAAGCAAAAAUUAUAGUGUUAGAUAACUUUUUUUUUUUCUUAAAAUGCCUUUGGAUUUACAUUUAUAAGGCAUACCUACUUCUUAUCUCUGAGGUCACUGAGUUAUGCUCCAGUUCAGAGCAAAAUGCCUUCGUAAUUAUUUCCUUCUCCAUUAUAUCCAUCGCUACAGAAGCCGGUGUGAAUGAGCACUAUGACACAUGACAACUAUGGAGAUCAGGGGUUCAACGACCAUGGAAAUCAGGGAGAUGAAAUGUGAGAGACGAGAUAAAUUAAGAAGAGAGAGGAAAAAUCUAGAACUAAGAUAUAUUUUCACUUUAGUUGGAAUUUUUAUUACCAUAGAUUAGAAACUUAAGAUAGGAUAAGAAUUGU